GCAGCUCCUCUGCUUUGCGGGGAAAGGAGCACGGCCCUCCCGCAGCUGCCUCCUCGCCGCCUCCCUGAGAGGUUCAGAACAGACCCGGACGGUUCUACACGGGCCUGAUCCGGGCCGGGAGCGCGGAGGUGCCGCAGCUGCCGAGGUGGCAGCGGCCGCGUGUUUGGAGAGGCGGUGGUGCAUACGAGUCUCUGGUCAGCCCAUGGGUGCAAGGAGUUAGUGGGGGUGGCUGCCGUCAUGUCUUCCCUGAAAACCGUAAAGUCACGGUGUCAAACGGCCAAGUCAGGUGGCCUUGGCUUCUCUGUUGCUGCUCGGGCGGGGCACCGGCUGCCUCUUGAGAAGGAGCCGCAGCGAAAGAGACUUUACGUUUCUGCUGUGAGGUAAUGUAAGCAUUUCAGCUAGACAAGAGAGAGGAAAUAGGCAUGUCAGCUCUUUGUCCACCACCAUCUCCUGCAGUUGCUAAGACAGAGAUCUCUUUGAAUGGCGAGUCACCGUUAUUAGCUGCCACUUUUGCUUACUGGGACAAUAUUCUGGGCCCCCGAGUACGGCAUAUCUGGGCUCCAAAGACAGAGCAGGUACUUCUCAGUGACGGUGAAAUAACUUUUCUUGCUAACCACACCCUGAAUGGAGAAAUACUUCGGAAUGCAGAAAGUGGUGCAAUAGAUGUGAAGUUCUUUGUUUUGGCUGAAAAAAGAGUAAUCAUUGUGUCAUUAAUCUUUGAUGGAAACUGGAAUGGAGACAGAAGCACAUAUGGACUAUCAAUUAUACUUCCACAAAGUGAACUUGGUUUCUACCUGCCACUUCACAGAGUAUGUGUGGAUAGGUUAACACAUAUUAUAAGGAAAGGAAGGAUAUGGAUGCAUAAGGAGAGGCAAGAACAUUUCCAGAAGAUUGUCUUAGAAGGCACAGAAAGAAUGGAGGAUCAGGGUCAAAGCAUCAUUCCAAUGCUGACAGGAGAAGUCAUUCCUGUAAUGGAACUCCUUUCAUCUAUGAAAUCACACAGUGUUCCAGAAGAAAUAGACAUAAGUGACACAGUGCUAAAUGAUGAUGACAUUGGGGAUAGUUGCCAUGAAGGCUUUCUCCUCAAUGCAAUUAGUUCACACCUGCAGACCUGUGGUUGCUCUGUAGUCGUAGGAAGCAGUGCAGAAAAAGUUAAUAAGAUUGUGAGAACAUUGUGCCUGUUUCUCACACCGUCUGAGCGGAAGUGUUCCAGACUCUGUAGAAGUGAAUCCUCUUUCAAAUAUGAAUCAGGACUUUUUGUUCAAGGCUUACUCAAAGAUGCAACAGGAAGCUUUGUGUUGCCCUUCCGCCAAGUAAUGUAUGCCCCAUACCCUACUACACAUAUAGAUGUGGAUGUCAGUACAGUGAAGCAGAUGCCCCCUUGUCAUGAGCACAUCUAUAACCAACGACGAUACAUGAGAUCUGAGCUGACGGCAUUUUGGAGAGCUAAUUCCGAUGAAGAAAUGUCUCAAGAUCAUAUUAUCCACACAGAUGAGAGUUUCACACCUGAUUUAAAUGUCUUUCAAGAUAUUGUGCAUAGAGAUACAUUAGUAAAAGCCUUCCUGGAUCAGAUCUUUCACCUGAAGCCUGGGUUGUCUCUAAGGAGUACUUUCCUUGCACAAUUUCUGCUAGUCCUUCACAGAAAAGCCUUAACUUUAAUAAAGUACAUAGAGGAUGACACGCAAAAAGGCAAAAAACCUUUUAAGUCUCUUCGUAGCCUAAAGAUAGAUCUUGACUUGACAGCAGAGGGCGAUCUUAACAUAAUAAUGGCUUUGGCUGAGAAGAUUAAACCAGGCCUACACUCCUUUAUCUUUGGGAGGCCAUUCUACACUAGUGUACAAGAACGUGACAUGCUCAUGACAUUUUAAAGUCUUCCUUGCAUCUGAUAUUGCAGUCCUGCAGAGCACGAAAUCUGUCCGUGUGACCCCUAUACUGGUGACAAGCAUUGACGACUGAGGAUGAAGCCUCAGGAGCACAGUAACAUUGAGGUGUGUCUCAAGUAGUAGGGGUCUUGUUAGAGGGAAUUUCAGCUGAGCUAGAUAAAUAAGAUUUUAAUUAAUUGGUCUCUUCUGUGUGCUUUUUUAACUGUAAAUGUUACCAGAGGUUCCUUGGCCAUAUUGGCUUAGUGGAUAAAUGUGGAUAUGUUUCAUUGUAUGAUAAAAGGAAGCAUUUUAGCUUUAGUUCCCCAGAGACUUCUUCCAGGUGUGUGUCAGAUUUUCCCUGUUCUGCUGUGUCAUUAUUUUCAGUGUUUCCACAGAAAACUGUACAUAUGUCCUCUCUAACCAUGGAGGUUGCAGAAAAGGCACCUUCUAAGAGUUUCAGAGUUUUUUUAAUACUGUUGCUCCUAUGUAUGUGGUGCAAAUCUUAAAUAUGAAUUUUACUCAUCCGCCUCUUUAAACACUACUGUCUCCUUCCUUUAGAGAAUUUAAACAUAUUUGGAAUUUUUAAUGUACUACAAAAGUGCUGUUUUUGAGUGCAGGCUGUUGAUUAUUUGCAGCUUAAGUAGCAGUACGUUGCACAUGGGCAUUAGGUCAUUACUCAAGGAGCUUUCUGCAUGUAAGUGCCAACCAGGAUAGUCUUAACAUAUAUUUCUGGGCUGUCCUGCAGUGGAGUGGUCAGUGUUCAGCUAAAUGAGGUCUUUCAAAAUACAAAACAGAAGACUCGUGUCAUUCCACGGCAGUUCUCAGUCUUUCUGUGUGUAAACUGCUACUGGUAGUUGCACUGUCAGUUUCAGUAAGGCUCACAGAAUCAUUCAAGAUGGAAAAGACCUUCAAGAUCAUAGAGUCCAACCAUUAACCCAGAUCUGCCUUGUCCACCAAUAAACCUUGUCCUAAGUGCCACAUCUACACAUUUUUUUAACUCUUCCAGGGACACUGAUUCUACCACUUCCUGGACUGAUUGUUCCAAUGCUUGGCAAAAUAUUCUGAUUAAAGUAUUAGACCCUUCCAAAGAACAAGGUGAUAGCCAAGCUAAAAGAUAAAACUGAUUGGUUUUUUUUUUUUCAUUUACAUCACUAUUAAUGUAUUUAGUUGUUGCACUGUAUUAGGAGCGGCGAAAGUAACAACAUGAACUCUUUAGCUCUAGUUGCAAAAGGAACAAGUUUCAUUCUUCCAGAUCUUCUUCUGUAGACAGUUCUGGAAGUUUACCAAGAGGUAAAACUCUCAUUGGUCAUCAACACAUCACCAUCAUUGGGCUGUUAGGAGCAACACCCCUUGAUCGUUUCUUCCAAGAAAACAACAAGGAACAAACAACACCUGCAAAGGUUGUUUUCCCUCUCCAAGGACUGUUUGGAUUCCUCCUUAUGAUUUCUCAGGCCAGCGUAAGAAAAUUAUGUGGCUUAGUUUCACACAGACACUGUGCUACCUGCCUCAUUUCUCACAUCCAGCAUUCAUAUGUAGUAAUCCUUAAUUUAGAGAUGUGCAUGGCUAUGAGCUAAUGUGAUGAGCAUUUUAUUAACUCUAGUCAUUAAGUGUACCUGUCUUCUUAGUUCAGCUUAGCAUAUGUCAAAUUUAGCUUGAAAAGCAAAACACAUUUUCUAUUGGUAUCUCAACCUUUCUCAGUAGCAUGUAGAGCAGUGUCAAGUGAAUCCAGACUUUUUUUUUUUUUUUAACCCAGAAAUCAGAGGUACAUCUAUACUUCAUGUUGUUGUAUCUCUGCUCUUUUUGGAUAAGUAUAGAACUAUAUUUGUGUCAUGUUUCAACAUAAAGUCAUAACUCAGUAUUCAUUGGAAAAGUGAAAGAGUUUCAUUGAUUGGAGAAGCUAUGGAUGUUUACUGCUUACUUUGUUUGUAACUCUCCUUUGUAAAUAGGUUUCUGUUUUCAUUAUAGCUUUUUAGUGUUACUUUCAUGCAGGGUGGCAGAAAAGUUAGAAGUUAGAUUCACAACUUUUCCUGAAAUGUCUAAUACUUAGAUUUUAAAAGAAAUACUGUCCUUUAUUUAGAUGCCCAAAAUUCCCUUACAUUUCCUGAAAGACAAAGAUUCUCAAUCAAAUGUUUAGAGCCUGUAAAAGAUGUGAAAUCGAGCCCCAUCUGCACACCAUUUUUGUGUGUUUGCAUCAUCACUGUUACCUGGUUGCUAAAGAACUGACAUUUUAUGCAGCCAUCUUUUUGCUGUACAUGCAUGUAGAGCUCUUGCAGUAAGCUUGGUGAUUCAUCAAAGAAACUUGUCAGAAUUACGUAAGUUACUUGUGCUGAGAUUCUGUUUGUCAUUCUACCACUACUGUUCCCUUCUGCGUUUUCAAUCAAGACAUUAGUGCCUGAAUGUGCUAAAGUUGUUACUCUCAUGUCUAAAUAAUGAAAGAAAUGUAAUAAACACUGCCAAGACUUCUAAUAUAGAAGUUGCGUCAAAAUAGAAGAGCUUUAAAUCUACUGAAAUUAAUCCUUUCAGCUUGAUAAGCAUUGGAAACUCAAGACUGACACUACUAAUGGUGAAGCUUUUGUUUACUGAAGAUUCUGUUACCUUUUGAACUGGAAAUUCAGUUGCUACUUUUGUUGCACAGCUGUCACAAGUGCAGAAUGUAUAGUGAAGUACAUUGUUAAGUGCAUCUGCAUGUUGUGUUGUAAAUCUAGCUCAGGAAACAAAGUAAUAAAAUUCAUGCACAAUU